GUAGUGGGACCGGAGCUCAGUGGUCAGUCAGUAAGCCUGCACGCGGACUUCAAUUACCAGUGUACCCCCGCUCGAGCUGUCACUCUUUUGUCCCUUUAAAGAAGGCAGCAGCUGCUUAAAAGAGCUAUGCGAUUUGAAAGCGGACACUCGUGUACCUUUGUGUGGUAGACACAAAACCCCAGAAGGACAGGCUGAGAUCUUGAAGCGGUUGCCGCUUUAUCCUCUCCAACAAUCGGGAACUGAUAAUGGUGGACGAGGCUAGCCAAGAGAAGCUGCAGCACUGCAAGGUGCAGGCGAGUAACUGCAUAGAAGCUGCCAGAGAAUCGUUAAGUGAACUGAGUACGGCCAUAUGGAGCUGCCCUGAGCUCGCUUUCCAAGAGACACAGGCUCACGACACCCUUGUCCGCUUCUUCACCGUUAAACAGAAGGGCUGGGUGGUGCAGAGCCACUACAAACUGGAGACGGCAUUCCGGGCCACCUGGGGACCCGUCGGAGGCAAGGAGAAUGACCGCCCGAUUAACGUGGGUUUCCUGUGCGAGUACGACGCCUUGCCGGAUAUCGGACACGCGUGCGGCCACAACCUGAUAGCGGAGGUCGGUGCCGCCGCAGCCUUGGGGUUAAGGGGAGCACUGGAGAGCCUGGAGACCCUGCCGGUGCGAGUGAUGGUCACAGUGCUUGGCACACCAGCUGAAGAAGACGGAGGGGGAAAGAUUGACCUUAUUGAAGCUGGAGCCUUUGAGAACAUGGAUGUUGUGUUUAUGGCACAUCCUUCUCAGGAAGAUGCUGCUUACCUUCCAGAUAUGGCUGAACAUGAUGUGACUGUGAAGUACUAUGGGAAGGCUUCUCAUGCUGCAGCGUACCCUUGGGAAGGGAUUAAUGCAUUAGAUGCUGCUGUUCUUGCAUACAACAACUUGUCUUUGCUGAGACAGCAACUGAAACCUGACUGGAGACUGCACGGUGUAAUUAGGCAUGGAGGGGUGAAGCCAAAUAUUGUUCCUUCUUUUUCUCAGUUGGAAUUCUAUCUCCGUACACCAAUGUACAAAGAUCUUUCUGUUCUCCGUGAGAAGGCUGAAUGUUGUUUCAAAGCUGCUGCAAUUGCAACUGGAUGUCGGAUUGAACUGGAAUACGGAAGGCAUGAAUACCAGAAUGUGCUCCCAAACAAAAUCCUAGAGCAACUUUAUGAAGGAAAUGGCAAAUCUCUAGGCGUACAGUUUACAACUGAUGAGACUGUUCUAAACACUCCAUCAGGUUCGACUGACUUUGGGAACGUGUCCUAUGUUGUUCCAGGAAUACACACUUAUUUUUAUAUUGGAACUGAAGCACUCAAUCACACAGAGGAAUAUACUGAAGCCACAGGCUCAGAGAAGGCACAAUUCUAUACUCUGAGAACAGCAAAGACACUUGUGAUGACUGCUCUGGAUGUUAUUUUCAACCCAGACAUAUUCCAGCAAGUGAAGGAAAACUAUGAAAUUGCCAGGCUGAAAGAAGAAAAUCAAAUGAGAGGAAGAAUCUCUGGUAACAACUCAGGCCCUGAGCAUUGCAGUGGUGCCGGGAGUGCUUCUCGCUGAAACCAGUACCAAACACCACAAACUGCUCAGUUCCUUUUUCAGUUUUACUCAAAAGACAGAAGAAAAAAGUUUUUGUCUUGUCUUUCUUUUUUAUGAACAAUCUGAUUACAUACAGUAUAAUUAUAUAUUUGUAAUGGGACCCACAGACCUACUGAAAUGGUGAUUACUUUUGAAGGUGUUGGUUUUAUUUGUUAUUUUUAGGACCAGGAAUAUGCUAUUUAAAAUUUUUAUUGAUUACAGUAGUUCAAAGUAUUCCACUCUAGUGUGCUGAUGAAUAGUACUUCUGAAAUCUUUUUUACAGGAGUACAUUAUGCAAACAAUGCCUGCAUGGUGCGUUUGAAAUAACAUGACCUGCAUUUAUCUAUAGUUAUGAUAGAUGAAGUCUUUUGAGUAGUCUCAGAGGUUAGUUUAAAGUAGAAACAUUCUGGCUUGAUGCUUAGUUUACAGCACGUUCUUAGUUUAAACAUUUUAAUUAGACUUUGGCCUUUGUGCAUUUCGCCUGUUUCCAGGCUGCCUAUAACUCAUUGCUGAAUCAGUCUGCUCUUUAUUAACUAAUGCUAGCUAGCAGGGCUAAAUGAGGGGAACUGAACAAAUGUAGCUCAGCAUUUAUAGGUAAUGGAGGUUUAGUUUUAUCUGUUGUGAGUGAGACAGAUUACUGCACUGCAAAAAAAAUGCAUAUGCAAAAACUAUAGACAAAAAAAACUUUAAAUAGGAGUUGCUUUGUUUUUAUUUAGCAGAAAAAUCUGCCAAUGAAUGGGGUAAGCAAAAUGUACUCGACAAGAUAUCUUACAGUAAGCUAAAAAAUUGUAAAUGCAAAUUUUUUGAUAAGUCAAUAAUUCUUACAAUAAGGAAAACAAGAUUUAAUGUCAUGAUAUAAAUAGAUUUCAUUUUUUGCAGUGUGUGGGCAUAUUUCUGCAUAAUUAACUGUAUACAUUCAGAUUACAGUGUGAAAUCCAUCUGGAUGGUAAGCAGUGGUUUGAAAACUAGAAGAUGUGGCCAGAAUUCAUUAUGAAGAGCUGUAGCCUAUUACCAUAACUAUUGGGUAAAGUUAUAAAAUACAUGUGCACACUCGUGUGCUUAAAAUCUGUUUGAAGUUUUUAAAUUGGAGGUUAAGCCCUUUCUUUAGUUGGUUGCCUUGCUUAAUUAAGUAUUCUGUUCAUUCAUGCCUUUUUUAAUUCAUUUAUUCCUCCAUUUCUGAACCCACUUAAUGCAGUACAUCUUUGAGGAGAGCUAAAGGAUAUCAUGGGCAAGGCACGCAAUAACCCUGCACGAGAUAACAGUCCACUCACUCACGCUGUUCUAGUUUAGAGAUGCUAUUUAACCUGACUUGUAGCUCUUUAAAAUAUGGAAGGAAGUCAUCUGUUCCCUUUUAUCUCUCAUCUGCUCUUCUUUUUGAUCUGGCUGAACUGGAAAGAGUUAUGCUGUGUGGAGUCUUAAGCUCUUCGGCAAGUUGUUCUAAGGCAAAGCCAGACAAAAAGGUGUAGAAACUUUGGUUUAUAAGCUGACUCUCUAAACUUAUAAUUUAACCUUUCCUUGAUCUGAUACCAACACCUAAGUGUGGACCCUCAGGGUUGGUGUACACAUGUCAGUUCCUACUAGCAGAGUGGCCAAUGUGGCACAGUCAAGCUGAGCCUCAAAACUUGGUGUUUUCUCUUUGCAUUUGGGCUCACCAUCUGCAAGGAGAACAGUCAGGAGGUGGGUGCUACACUCUCUGAUUAUGUUAAUAUCCUUCAUUUAUUCCCUUAUAUAUACAGUAACAGCAGCUGCUAAAACAAAUUGGCAAACUUUAUAAAAGGAACAGUUACCAACCGAAGAAAUUCCCUGGCUAGCAUGUAUAUACCUUGGAAACUAUCCACAAGUAGGCAUAUUCCCCAGUAGUCCACCUUAGCAUUAUUAAUCAGUCUAGCCUGCUUAUCCAUCAGACGCAUGGAAACACUGCUGUGAGGCCACAGUGCUAAUGGUAAGGUUUCUACUGUAUAUAGCAGUGAUUUUGCUUUCUUCAGUUUGUUUGUCAAAAUAUGCCUCUUCAUAUGGAAUAAAGACUUUAAGGAGCUGUG